UCAGGUACUGAAAGGAUGGGAUUUCACGCUGAUGUCCCUAAAGCGGAAUUAGGGACCCACGCGCCCCCGAGAGCGUCCUCGGGAGCUUGGGAGCAACUUGCGUGGGCUCCGAAGGGUUUGAGGCUUCGGGGCGGUGUCUCCGGAGCGGUCCCGCCCCGCGCUCCAAGCGCUUCCGGGGCAGCGCCGGGGCCGAGACGGGGCGGCGGCGGCUUGAUCAUGGCUGAGGUGGAGGAAACACUGAAGCGAAUCCAGAGCCAGAAGGGAGUGCAGGGAAUCAUCGUGGUUAAUUCGGAAGGUAUUCCCAUCAAGAGUACCAUAGACAACUCCACCACCAUUCAGUACGCUGGCCUCAUGCACAGCUUCAUCAUGAAGGCCAGGAGCACCGUGCGGGACAUUGAUCCCCAGAACGACCUCACGUUCCUGCGGAUCCGCUCCAAGAAAAACGAAAUCAUGGUUGCUCCAGAUAAAGACUAUUUCCUGAUUGUCAUCCAGAAUCCAACUGAAUGAUUACACUGACUCAGUCUGGUUUUUUCCCUUUGCCUGUUUUAUUUUCCCUGUUUUAUUUUUUAUUUAAUGGUAAAGGAUAGAGCAUUAGUGUUAACUGUGCUGUGACUCUUCAGUAAGGUUGGGGAAAAUUAAAGCAGGUGGUUUUGUUGUCUACAAACAGAAAAAAUGUCGCUUUUUGUAUCACAAGUCGUUUUGAGUGGGAGCUGGUGAGUUGGAAUUGGGCAGUAUAAAAUGCAACAGAUUCUUUUAAUGGCUAAGAUAAUAUAAUAAAAUUCUAACAAUAACGCAAAAAUACUAUUCUUUGUAUGCUCCUGUGCUUCUUUCACCACUGAGCUCUGCUUUUACACAAUUAGUUUUGAAUGGCUGUAAAUAUGACUGCCUGUCCUCUAGUUCUGUCUUACUCUGUUGGUUUUACUUCAAAAAAGUCUGACCAUAAGAAAUUAAAAAGUGUCACCAGUAA